UAGAAGAACUUCAUCUAUCCUACACCGAACUUAAAUCUAUUCCCCAGGAGAUGUUCAUAUAUCAGGUUAACUUAUAUGUCUUAGACUUGAGUUAUAACAGAAUUAAGAUCCUUGGUAAAGGAGUAUUUCACGGAUUACAGCAGUUGAAAUCACUAAACCUCAUCGGAAAUAAUGUUCUUCAUAAAUUAGAGGCUGGUGCAUUUGCACAACUGUAUUCUCUUACCUCAUUAAGUUUAUUGAAUACAAAGAUUGAGAUUCUAGGUGCGGAUACUUUUAACGGAAUGGACUAUCUUCAGAAUUUAACUAUAUCAACAGGACUUCUUAACGUUGUGGAAGAUGGAACAUUUAAGUCAUUGGUGAACCUCAGGCGAUUAGAUCUGAGAAAGCAAAAUAUCCAAGAUUUUUCGGGGGACAUAUUUUUGGGGUUGUCCAAUUUAAAAGGGUUGUACACAGAUUCGUUUAUAUUAUGCUGUUUGAAACCAGAGUCCGUGACGGAGUGUCUUCCGGAGGCAGGUGAAUUCUCUUCUUGUGAUGAUUUGAUGCGAAGAGAAGAAUUGCGGGUUUUCAUGUGGAUUUUAGGUCUUAUGGCUCUGCUUGGAAAUUUUUGCGUUAUUUUGUAUCGAUUAAUAUUUGACAGAGAAGGAUUCAGACGUGGAUAUGGAUUGUUUGUAACCAAUCUAGGAAUAUCUGAUUUCCUGAUGGGCAUAUACAUGAUUAUCAUUGCUGGCGCCGAUAUAAUGUUUCGUGGACGGUACAUUUGGAAUGAUAACUGGUGGAGGAACAGUCCAUAUUGUCAGUUUGCUGGGGCAUUGGCUACUAUGUCAAGCGAAGCGUCUGCACUUUUCCUUUGUGCAAUCACUCUAGACCGUUACUUGAUCAUUAAGUAUCCGUUUGGACAAUGCAGGAUGAACAGAUUGACAACAAUUAUCUUUUCAUGCUGCAUAUGGUUAUUUUCAAUAAUUGUAGCCAUGGUACCAAUCCUACCCGGAACUGGAUUUACUGGAGAGCUUUACAGCCGAACAGGAAUAUGCUUAGCGUUACCAUUAACAAGAGAACGUACACCAGGAUGGCAAUUUUCUGCUGGAAUAUUUAUCUUCUUCAACUUCCUUACCUUUGCAUUAAUAUGUCUGGGUCAGCUCUUAAUGUACAGAGCUAUUGUUAAAUCAAGUUCAAUUGUCCAAAACAAAGGAAGACGAUCCAGAGAUGUACAAGUAGCUAAGAAUCUUUCACUAAUCGUGCUCACGGAUUUUAUCUGUUGGUUUCCUGUCUGCUGCUUGGGAUUAAUGACAUUAAGUGGUACGGUAAUUAAUAGUGAAGUUUAUGCAUGGACAGCAGUAUUUAUAUUACCAGUUAAUUCAGCUUUAAACCCAUUUCUGUAUACUGUUACGUCAUUUAUUGGAAAUAAGAAAAUAAAGAAAGCAGCUAUACAAGAAGCUAAAGCAACGUAUUCGACAGAGAACGCAUCUUCUGUGAUGAUCCGAAAGCUGAAGUCGUUGUGGGACAACCCAGAUCUUUAUUUUGGAUCAGCAGCUUUAGGUGAUCAGGUGAUAACUCUGAAAGCAUUGUUGUCAUCGUCAGAGCUAUCAGCCAGUGACAUACUAGCCAUUGUGGAAGUGGUGGUGCGUGGACUGGUGGCGGUUCACAGUCAACAACUGUAUUUUGGCAAUAUCACGGAAGAAGAUAUACUUAUUGUUCUAAAUAACAAGAAAAUUCUGAAGACUCAACUUUCAGCUAAAUUAGUUUUACCUGACCAAGAAAGUUCCAAACAACCAGAUGACGUCUAUGGUGUGGGUAAACUUUUGGGCAGACUUUUGAGACGGUAUGCAACAACCCGCCGUGCCUGAAACUUUACAGGUUCGGUUUGGGCAAUAACAUAUAUAAAUAUAUACACAAUCUGAUUAAAACGCAGAUCCUAUUUCGUUUUGUUUUUUUAUAGUUCAAAAUUUCGUUUCACUUGUCUUCACAACUCUAGGAUCAGGAAGAG